AGGGGAAAAAAAAGUGGGGAAGACACAGGAAGCAAAACGAGAACCAGAGAAGAACAAGUGAAGGAGAAGCAGAGAGACCCAUAUCUGCUUUACUGUUUGUUGCCUGAUAUUCUGUCCAGUCUCUUGGUGGAUUGGAGAAGAAAGAAGAAAACUCUUUUCUUUUUGUACUUAAAUAUGCUCUGAUUCCGCUUCUUUCGGAGCUUUUCUGGCCAGUUAGAGAAGAACAGAGCAAAAACAAUCGAGCAAGAAGAAGAGAAGAGAGAAAGUCUUUACUUUUCUGAACGAUCGAAGAGGAAGAAGAGAUGGGUAUUCCUUCCGAUGACGUGGUUCUCAUUAGGGAACCAGAAAAACCAGGUGACCCGAGUGUGAUUACUGUCAACUGCCCAGACAAAACAGGCUUAGGAUGCGAUCUUUGCCGCAUAAUACUCUUCUUUGGGUUGAGCAUUGUGAGAGGAGAUAUUUCGACGGAUGGGAAAUGGUGUUACAUAGUGUUCUGGGUCGUUGGAAGGCCGGCGACAAGGUGGAGUUUGUUGAAGAUAAGACUGGCAGAAGCUUGCCCUUCGGCUUCAGGGAUAUACUAUUACAGGGCAGAGUUGCAGCAGCCGAAGCCCCCAGACCUUUUCCUGUUGAAAUUAUGUUGUUAUGAUCGAACAGGGCUUUUGCACGAUGUCACCAAGGUACUCGGCGAGCUCGAGCUUAUAAUAAGGAGAGUGAAGGUAUCCACCACACCAGACGGGAAGGUGAUGGACUUGUUCGUCAUCAAAGAUACCAGGGAACUCCUACAUACAAAGAAGAGACAAGAAGAUACAUGUGAAUAUUUGAGAGCAGUUCUAGGUGAUGCUAUGAUAAGUUGUGAUAUUGAUUUGGCCGGUUCUGAGAUGGUAUCAUGUCCACAGGGUUCCUCAUUUCUCCUAUCAGCAAUCACAGAAGAAAUGUUCAGUCUAGAAAUGCCUGAACACAAAAGUGGGUCUUCUGCACAAUGCAAUGUAUCCGUUACAAUGGACAACAUACUCAGUCCUUCUCACACAGUCAUCCAAAUCACAUGCCAAGAUCACAAAGGCCUCCUCUAUGACAUUAUGAGAACUCUGAAGGAUUACAAUAUCCAGAUUUCUUAUGGAAGGUUUUCUGCAAAGCAAAGGGGUAGCUGCGAGGUGGAAUUGUUUGUAAUGCAAUCAGAUAGGAAGAAGAUAGUUGAUCCAAACAAGCAAAAUGCAUUAUCCUCGCGCCUACGGAUGGAACUCUUUCAUCCUCUCCGAGUAGCUGUUGUAAGCCGAGGUCCUGACACAGAGCUGCUGGUUGUGAACCCUGUAGAAUUUUCUGGAAAGGGGCGGCCUCUUGUGUUUUAUGACAUCACCCUUGCUCUCAGGAUGCUCAAAACGUGCAUCUUCUCGGCUGAAAUUGGUAGGCAUGUGAUUGGUGAUCGGGAAUGGGAAGUUUACAGAAUCCUUCUUGAUGAAGGGGAUGGCUCUUCUGUACCAAGGAAUGUGAUUAAGGACUGUGUUAGGAAAAUGUUGAUGGGUUGGGAGUGAUUAUGGCUGAGAAUGAGUUUGAAUCAGAUGACUAGAAGUUCCUUCGCCAUAUUGUACAGAAUACUUCAAUUGCUCUCUUCACUUCUCCACCUGUAGUUAGGUAUCAGGUAUCAAGUGAAAAUUAUGAGAUAUAUGUUGUGAAAAAGUUUGAGAGCGAACCCCUAGCCUAAGGUCUUCACAUAACUUGAUUGUACAGAUGAAAAUGAUGAUGAUGCUGUUAAGUCCGAAGAAGAGGAAGCAUAUGACUCCCCUGGCAUUGUAUAUUAGUGACCAAAUGGGAGAUAAUCUGUUCAUAAAUGUUUCUUUCUGCUGAUGCACGUUUUUCCAUUCUAAUGGUCUCCCUCUGAGUUACCUUGAUAAUAUAUUUCACUGUUGUCUGUAGACGUUCCAAGAGAAUCAAGUAACUUCUGCCUUCACAGAAACAUGUAGACGUUCCAAGAGGAUCAAGUAACUUCUGCCUUCACAGAAACAAAGUUCUCCACAUGCGAGUAGCCCUGGUAGAGACAUUUUGGUGAAAGUGGGUGUACUCUGACAUGGAAAAAGAUAUAUGUGCUUAGUUGAUUUUUAUAUAUGUGAUGGCGCCAAAGGGUUAGACAGAGGAAUUUGCCUAGUUGUAAAGUUUGAGUUUCAAUAACUGUACCACCUUGAGGAAAGACCAGUGCAUCUAAUGGCAGCAGCUGGGGGACACACCACUAAAAGAAUCACUAGAUAGGAGCUUCCUACCAUUCAAAAGAAAGGAUCUUUUGCAGAUAAUUUUGUUGACAAGUUGAAAGAUGGGUUUGGCUAAUGGGUAUGUUUAGAAUUGCUCUUGCAGCAACUUUGAACAGUCCAUGGUUUUAAUUUUGUGGGCACUGAACAAUCCAUGGUUAGAACUCCCAAGAAAAUAUAGAAAAGCAUUGAAACAUAAUCAGAAUUUGAGAAACUUAGCUCAUCUGAGCUGAGCCUCGUCCCCAAGUAUAUGGGGUCGGCUGCAUGAAUCCUGUUCUACCUGUUAUGCUGUUCCACUCUGUUUAAGUAUCAGAUUCAUUGUUAUAUUA